AAGCAGCGGGCACACAAUUAGAUCCAGGUGAGGGGAAUUGGUUGUUGAGAGUUGAGACUUGAGAGAGAUGAGGCAAAGCAAGGACAGCACCAGCAGCUCGAGGCUUGUCUGCGACAACGACCAUGACCGGUCGGCGGCGGUGUUGAGGGAGAUGGCUAGAGAGCAGUCUCUGGUGACGCAGCUGCGCGCCCUUGUGCUGCCGGCGCUCCAACUUGCCGGCGGCGAACAGGCCGAGGUGGUCGCCCAUAUGUUUGAGAGCAUACUGGACUGCUCAGCCAAGGCUAUAGCCGAGCUGAAGCUUCUUCGGCUCGAUCGUUCUAAAUGCGACGAUGUGCCACCGCUGACGGGGGUGGACGACAAGAGGAGAGUCAGGAAGAUCCUCUCUGGCGGCGGCAACGGCGACAGUGCCAAGCCCAAUCGCCAGCAACACAAGAGAAGGAGAUUAGCUAAUGACUCUGUGACGCUUGAAACGCCUGUUCCUCACUACGACGGCCACCAGUGGAGGAAGUAUGGGCAGAAGCUCAUCAACAACGCAAACCACCCAAGCAGGAGUUACUACAAAUGCACCUACAAGCAAGAACAGGACUGCGGAGCAACAAAGACAGUGCAGCAGUACCAACAGGACGGCGGCACCGAUGACCCUGCCAUGUACACCGUCGUCUACUUCGGGCAACACACCUGCAAGCCGGCCGGUAACGACACCGAUGCCGCAGUCGUCAAGACAGAGAGCACAGGCCGUAGCAGUGGCGGCGGCGCUGGCAAGCUGUCACCGAGCGACAGCCAGUGCAGCAACAUUUCGGUGACCUGCACUUCGGUUGUAGUUGACCACCACCAACGGACGGCAUCCAUCGCGAGCAACUGCGAGCUGCUGGACAUGGCUGCAGACCUGGAAAAUACAGAGGUCAACACAUACGAUCAGAUAUAUGACGAGGCUGGAUUUUCACCCUUCGAUUUGGACACCGAUUGGGCCAUAGAUGCGCAUGGGCAUGACCUCCUAAAGUAUGGUUGGUAAGAGCAAAACUCGAAGGUGUGCUCCGGUAUCCCCCCGUACCCCAUUAACCACCAAAGUUGAAAGGAUAAAUUUCCGCUUGGUUUCCCUGUGUUUUAGUAAAACCGUAGGUAAUUAUUACGGACUUAUCCAGUCCACGCUGAAAAUCCUGCAUGCUCUCUAUAUUAUCCAGCUCCGCCCGGUAUUAAAAACAGCAUUUCGAAC